AUGUUCAAUCGUCCGGGUGGUGGGCUGUUUGCACGCAGACGUCUCGUCGCCGUGGCCGACGCAUGGCUGGUCCGACGUGUGGAGGAGUUUGACCUCAGCCAGGCCGUCGGUGUCGGCGGGCUGACGGCAGCCGCCAAAUCGCGAUUCGCUCUGCCAGCUGCCAGCAGCCUCGUGUCGCCGCUCGUUGGCGCAGCAGCAGCGAUUGGCCUUUGCGCCGUCGCUCGACGGCGUCACCGCCCAUCCGACCUGCGCAGCUCCUGCAGCUCCUGCUGUCAGUCUUCUGCUCUCACGCACCUCACUCGGCGCGCGCGGAUUGUGCGCCGCGCCAAGCAGGACACGUGCUCAAACAAUGCGAAAACUGGUUGCCCCGCAAUGGAGGCGGCGCGGCAUGCCAAGGAGCUGCUGCUGGCGGAGGUUGAGCGGCUAAGUGCAGCAAGGGCCAAGAGCAAGAAGGGCAAGAAGAAGAAGAAGAAUGUGGACGUGGGCGAUACGGGCGCCGCUAGGCUCAACGAGGAGAUGCUGUGCAGUUAG